AUGGGUAUCAGGCAGUUUAACGCCGACGUCAGGGCUGCAAUGGGCAGUCAUUUCCCUUGUGUCUCCAACCUCCGAAAGGGAGAUUCCGAUGGAGAGAUAACCUUUACAUACACCCCAGAGAAUGAAGCAGCGCCCAUCGCUAUCCAAGCAUUAUCAACAGAACCGGAAGCCUACCCGAGACACCCAGGCUUCCUGGUUUUUACAUCAUCAGAAGACGGGCCAGUCGAGCUGGAAGAGUGGUUACAAGAAAUAUCCGCAUCGACUAAGGACAAGAGUAUCACAGACUUCAUCAACCUAACCUCGAAAAGGCUAGCAACGAAGCUCGAGUCUUCAGAGUCAUCUGAUGAUGAUUCCGCCUUCGAUGACAAUGAAGAAGAGUCAUCCUAUGACGUGGUGUUUGACGAUGAGCUAGGAAUUAACAGUUCGCCGUCCAGAGGGCCAUCUCAAGCGACCUAUACAUCAACAAACCGGUUAAAGCGUCACCUACGGGAAGCAAAGAGAGAAGGACUCCAUGUGUGGAUCCCAACUGAGGGAAGAGGGCACGACAGCGGCGGGCACGGAGGGAAAGCACCUGGAGUUUUUCACAUCUUCUCACUCUCCAUCCGUGCCUCUAAACUCAACGUUCCAGAAGAGGCCUUGGGAGCAUGGGGCCUCAAGCCAUCGGAAUACGUUGUUAUGCUGUGUAGGCUACCAUCAGGAUACCCCCCUCUCUCGACAUUUUUGCAAUCCAGCCAGACAGCACCAGUACAGUUCAAGUUUGGAAAAUGCACCAACCCGAACCCGUCUUACUCUUCUGCGAUACGAGUUUUUGACGGCGACGACUCAAAAACAUCAGAGGGAGCAAGGAAGGACGAAUCCGAAAGCCCUUUUCUUUCUAUGUACAUGUCGCUGUCUCUCGAUGCUCUUUUAAACACAGACUUCCCACGACUUCUAAAGCUGCGCCGAUCUGAGGGAAUCUCGUGGGAUCAAGCACAAGAAUUAUGGUUCAGGCUCGGCAGAGGCGACCAUGACCCAGAGAGUGUGCUACAGUCUACCAGCCAAGGCCAGCACGAGAGCUUGGACCGGUUUGAGCUGGAAUUCCUGCAACGAAACUUUUUGGGCGCAGAAGACAUUAAUAUUAUCCUGAUUGCAAUGCAAUUCGGCCUUCAGAGAUUGAUCAAUUGUACAAAGUACUGUCUCGUUUGCAGUCAAAGAAUAGAGGGAGGAUUUGAGGCUAUCAAGCCUUUUGUUUGCGAAGAUUCUCUUUGCCUUUUUCAGUAUCUAUCCCUCGGGUUCUGUCAAAGUAUCGAGUAUGAAAUUAUCAACAACCCCAAUGUCGUGGACCUUCUCAUCAGUUUCUUCUACGCUGCAGUAGCCACUAACUUCACAGUACCCAACAGCUCUUUACGCGAAUUUCCGAAGGGCCUAGGACUCAAGGUUGCUACCUCGGGAUACAACAUACCAAGUGACACUGAACCGACUAUCACAGCAGAGGUUUGUUUUGAAAGCAAUACCAUCAGGUUUAACCCCCUUGAUUAUGCCCACUACACAUCGAUCACAGAGGGAAGAUGCAUCACUCUUGUGCUCAAGCAGAGUCUCGUUCCACGGCAGCCAAUUAUGCAAGGACGUUACGCAAAAUAUGUCUGUAUAGUCCAGUCCUGCCAACCGACUGAAGUUACCUUCAGAGUCAUAUCGACAUACACGGCCACGACCGCUCGAGUCACUCCUACCAACCCAGUCGAUUCUGCUAACCACUCGACGCAAGCUUGGGAGAGUGUGUUUAUUUACAAGCACGAACAAGACAUUGAUGGACUUGAGAUACAGGAACGCAACCAGGCACUCACUGUCAUAAGUGAGUGCAUUCCACCUGUACAUGAGAUGCGACAGUAUCUGGUAGAAAGACCUGGGUGCACAUUAUCCUCAUGGAAGCGAAUGGAUGUAUCAACCCUUGGCCUCCUUAACUGGAUCGUCGCUUCAAACAGGUCCUUCAUUGUACAAGACGCCUCGAUACCCGGGCUGUCUCAGCCGGAAGAAGAAACGCACAAAGUAAAUAACCUUGUUAAAGGAGUAGAGCCAGGGUGGGUUCAGUUUCGCUUUGUGCAAGGGUCUAUCGAAAAAGAAGAAGUAUUUUUAAGAGAGUUGAUGGGAACACCGAACAGCGAAAAGCCAUGGCCUACCCUUUUUGCCUGGCACGGUAGCGUUCUUGGAAAUUGGCACAGCAUCAUACGGACCGGCCUUAACUUCUCUGUUAUCACCAACGGGCGUGCAUACGGAAAUGGCGUAUACUUGGCAAAGGAUUUUCAGACAAGCCGAUCAUACUCAUCGCGUGGUGGAGGAAACAGUUGGCCAAAUUCGGCUCUCAAAAUCACCGAAGCCAUUUCCAUAUGUGAAAUAGUCAACGAUACAGCUCGCUUCGUAUCGACAAACCCCCAUUUUGUUGUCGACCAGAUUGACUGGAUACAAUGCCGUUACCUUUUUAUCAAAGUCGACAUCGAAAAUAGUCAGGCUUCCUCACACGACAACAACGGUUCUGCGAGCUAUAUUGAACAGGACCCUAGCCAUCAACUGACUUCCAACUCCCAACGGAUCGGGAUCCCCCAAUCAGCCAUACCAAUAUCUCGACGGCGUGUGCUUGGACAGAGACAGAUAUUGGGCUCUUCACAUGACUUUCCUAUUAUCUUGGGCGAGACUGAAGGGGAACCUGAUUUUGAAAGCAACAACGAACUGGACGACCUCCUUGCUUCUGACGACGAGGGCGAAAGCGAAGAUGGGACGGCAGCAGUGACACGGAAGCGACGACGGAGUUCCAUUGACUCGGGACUUGGAGAUACACGGCAACCCGACAAUACAACACCUUUUCAGCCUGGCCAGCUUGAUCUGGGUUCACUCCCCAAACUAGUUGAGCCUACCUGGGCUGCAUCUUCUCCAGCAGCUCUUCGAGCACUUAACGGUCAGAUCAAAGAUCUGCAACAGAUUCAAUCAAACACCAACAUAGCUAUGCUGGGGUGGUACAUUGACUUUGAAAAGCUCGACAACCUGUUUCACUGGAUUGUCGAACUUCACAGCUUUGAUAUGAACCUUGCUCUCGCACAAGACAUGGUCCGUUACGGAUGCUCGAGUAUCGUGUUGGAGGUCCGGUUUGGGGCCUCUUUUCCGAUUUCCCCCCCAUUUGUCCGCGUGAUUCGUCCACGGUUCGUGCCCUUUGCUCAGGGAGGCGGGGGUCAUGUCACCAUGGGGGGUUCCAUAUGCUCAGAGCUGCUCACCAACUCUGGAUGGUCCCCAGCUCUGUCACUGGAGAAAGUGUUUCUUGAAGUCCGAAUGAAUCUAUGCGAGAAGGAUCCACCAGCUCGUAUUGAACAAUCCGCAGGAGUACGCCGUGCCCAGAACGGGAGCCACAUGGACUACGGCAUGUUUGAGGCUGUUGAUGCCUACCGCCGCGCCGCUACUGCCCACGGUUGGCAAAUCCCCUCCGAUCUCGAUAUGCUAAAAUCCAUGUGA